GGGCAGGCACACACCGUAGAGGGAUUGAUACAAGACCUAAAUGGAGCAACGGCUGCUUCUGAUUGGUCCGUGGAUACCGCUGACCAAUUGAAAACGCUGAAAGUUCUGAGAAUUGCUCUUGCCACUGGGGCGUUAACAUGGCUGGAGUCAUUUCACACAUCGGAUGGAUUGGCAGCUCUAUGCAGCGCAACGUGCAAGGAGAUUGCCAUGUUUCCAAAGAGAUCAGCCCAGAAUGGAUCACCCGUGCUACAGGAGUGUGCACUCUCUCUGACCGCGUACAUGGACUUCAAGGAAGGGUUCAAAAGUGUACUCAAGAGUAGCGAGUGCCUGCAGUUAUUGGUCAAGCUAUUGAAUAUUCCUGACCCGAAGGUGGCUCAGAACACGUGUGAGCUUCUCACUGUGAUCUUGUAUGCACGUACCGGACACCUGCAAGUGAUGCGAGCGUUCACCAAAGCAGUGCCACACGGACGCAACCGCUUCAGAUCACUUGUUGCGCAGAUGGCCUCAAAGCCAACAGCUGCCUUGAUGGUAUGUGGCCUAUAA